UAAACCUAAUGCACACACAAACACAGACACACAUACAUGUAUACAAAAGUAUCCAUAAUACACUGCAGUUUGGAACAGUUACCAGAAAAUUUUACGUAAUAACAUUUAAGUGUUUGCUCUGGUCUGUACAAACAGUACUAAUAUUCAUUGGUUCAUAUAAUGUAUACAUAAAUAAUAAAUGUCGGCAAUAUCUGGAUAUUUUCAUAGAGCAACCAAUUUAUCAAAGCUAUUAGUUUUGGUACCUACAUGGAUUAGAUACUAUCCUAGGUAUACCAAUAUGCACAUUUAACAAUUCCAUCUGGUGAUUUAGGCCUAAUUUUAAAGUUAAUUUUUGGCGCUUUUAAAGUCAAAGUUUUACAGUUAAACUCCAGAGGAAAACGUUAUAUGUUAAAUCAUUCCAUCAUUUCGCAGGGAUAUCUCCGAUCACUCAUUCUGGAGUGAGAAGGCUCGCCGUGUUCUAGCGCAGAACAGCACGUCGUCUCUACUUUGGGUUAUUCUGCUGGUUAUUAGGGCGGUUCGGCUUGCGAUUCAGCUCUGAAGCCGGUCGGCUGAGGCAAAGCGGAAGUGCUGCACAAAAGAGUUUGGCCUGCUGACGGCGGGAGGAGGAGGAGGAGGGGGAGCGAGAGAAAGAGAAAUGGCGCCUCGGCACUGCGCUCACUGAGACAGCGCCGGGCGGAGAGACCGAAUCAGCUAGAGUCGAGCCACAGGGGGGAAGGAGCCGAAAAAACACCAUGGUGAACACCCGAAAGAGCUCGCAACAUGAGCCGCCCAGCCCCUUCAUCUCGUCUAGGACCAGGUCGUCCGUCAAGAACAACCCGAACCCGGAGGAGCAGCACCAUAGAGAUCCAGGCAGCAAUGUCAGCUGCAGCAGCGUCCGCCUUUCGCCCCCUUCCAAACGGGCCCGCAGACACACCACCCCCAGCUCCAGUGAUACCUCUCCUGUUCCUCAGGCCAAAGGUCAGAGAGUCUCAUGGAACAUCCCACCCCAACGUACCAGGCUUUCUGUAGCUCUGCAGAAUGGACACGGGAACAUCUCCCGUAUGAACCUGAGGAGCGAGGAUGCAGAUGCUGGCAACCGCGACCAUGCCCACAUGAACGGGCACGUGGAGCUGAAGAGGAGCUGUCGCUCCCGCAAGGGUCGGUUCGAGCAUGUCAAUCAGAGCCUGCUCUUCGAUCAGCUUGUCAACAGUACGGCAGAGGCGGUCCUGCAGGAAAUGGACAACAUCAGCAGCAUCCGGCAGAACCGGGAAGUGGAGCGUCUCCGCAUGUGGACGGACACAGAGUUUGAGAACAUGGACAUGUACUCGCGGGUUAAGAGGCGGCGGAAACCUCUCAGGAGGAACUCCUACUCGAUCCAGACGCAUCCCAAAGUGAUGAGCGAGGCAGAGGCUGAGGAGGAGGAAGUGACGGAAGAGUCACAUGAGGAGGGUGAGGAGGACGACGAAGACGUAGAAGAUGAUGACGACGACGACGACGACGAAGGGGAUGAGGCAGAGGAGGCCGGAGAAGAGAAUGACAGGCGCUACAACCUGAGGCAACGGAAAACUGUGCAGCGAUAUGAGGCACCUCCUAUAGAACCUGUGAAUCGGAAACCGAGCAAGAAUGCAUUGUUUGAUACGCAUAGGUCUCCAGCACGCAGAAGCCAUAUAAGAGUGAAGAAGCACGCCAUCCACAGCAGCGAUACGACAUCGUCAUCCGAUGAGGAACGCUUUGAGCGCCGGAAAAGCAAGAGCAUGACGAGAGCACGUAACAGGUGCCUCCCCAUGAACCUGCGGGCCGAGGACCUGGCAGGUGGCUUGCUACGAGAUCGGGUCAAAGUCGGUGCCAGUCUGGCAGACAUAGACCCCAUGAAUCUGGACACCUCUGUGCGGUUCGACAGCAUCGGAGGCCUCAGGAAUCACCUUCAGGCCCUCAAAGAGAUGGUGGUCUUCCCCUUGCUUUAUCCGGAGGUCUUUGAGAAGUUCAAAAUCCAGCCACCCAGAGGCUGUUUGUUCUACGGACCGCCGGGCACAGGGAAGACGCUGGUGGCCCGGGCUUUGGCCAACGAGUGUAGCCAAGGCGACCGCAAGGUGGCCUUCUUCAUGAGGAAGGGAGCAGACUGUCUCAGCAAGUGGGUGGGCGAGUCAGAGCGCCAGCUCCGCCUCCUGUUCGACCAGGCAUACCUGAUGAGACCCUCCAUCAUUUUCUUCGAUGAGAUCGAUGGCCUGGCUCCCGUCCGCUCCAGCAGACAGGAUCAGAUCCACAGCUCUAUAGUGUCCACUCUUUUGGCCUUGAUGGAUGGCCUGGACAACCGGGGGGAGAUAGUGGUCAUCGGUGCUACUAACAGAAUUGACUCUAUUGACCCUGCACUCAGGAGACCUGGUCGCUUCGACCGGGAAUUUCUUUUCAGCCUGCCUGAUAAAAAGGCUCGGAAGCACAUUCUAGACAUUCACACGCGGGACUGGAAUCCCCGGCUGGUGGGAUCUUUUGUCGAGGAGCUGGCUGAGAAAUGUGUCGGCUACUGUGGGGCCGACAUCAAAGCACUUUGCACCGAGGCGGCGCUGGUUGCGCUCCGACGCCGCUACCCUCAGAUCUACAGCAGCAGCCAGAAGUUCCAGUUGAACGUGGACUCCAUCGUCCUGGGCCCGCGGGACUUUCAGUGCGCCAUGCGCAGCAUCGUGCCUGCUUCCCAGCGCGCCCUGCUGAGCCCUGGGCGGGCGCUCCCCGGCGUGGUGCGCCCCCUGCUGGAGAGCACGCUGUCGGAGGUGCUGGCCUGCUUGCUUAGAGUCUUCCCCCACGCAGAACCUUCCCUCAGGGACGACACAGGCGACGGCGACAAUCAGCUGCUAGAGGAGGACUCUCACGGUGACUAUGAUGACCACGACGAUGGUGCUCCUUCGAUUUUCGAUGUUCAUUCAGGAUCUCCAAAGAAACAAGCCCCUCAAGCUGGGCACCGGCCGUUCCUGCGUUUUACUGAGUUAGCCUAUCAGCAGCCACUCUCAUGCCGGCCUCGCUUGCUCCUGGCGGGGGACCGGGGCUCGGGGCAGACCACGCACCUUGCCCCCGCCGUCCUGCACCACCUAGAGCGGUUUUCAGUGCAGCGGCUGGACCUGUCCACCAUGUACUCCGUCAGUGUCAGGAGCCCAGAGGAGUGCUGCACACAGGUGUUCCGGGAGGCCCGUCGCUGUCUCCCCAGCGUGGUGUACAUCCCCCACAUAAGCGAGUGGUGGGACGCCAUGGGGGACACGGUGAGAAGCACCUUCCUCAGCCUGCUGCGUGACGUGCCGUCGUUCUGCCCCCUCCUCGUGCUGGCCACCGCCGAGACGGCCUUCCAGCACCUUCCGGACGAGUUGAAGCGCCUCUUCACCAUGCAGUAUGGGGAGGUGGUACACCUGCGCCGGCCCACCGAGGACGACCGCAGGAAGUUCUUCCAAGACCUGAUCCUGGUCCAGGCGGCUCAGGCGCCGAGCUGCAACAGAAGAGCGGCCCGGCGUGCCCUAGAGGUCCUGCUGCCGGUUGAGGACCCAGGCCCCAGGCAGCUCUCCCCGGAGGAGCAGCGCCGCCUGGAGGAGCAGGAGGAGAACACUCUGCGGGAGCUGCGGCUCUUUCUCAGGGACGUCACCAAGCGCCUGGCCACCGACAAGCGCUUCAGCAUCUUCAGUAAGCCCGUGGACAUCGAGGAGGUCUCUGACUACCUGGAGGUCAUCACACAACCCAUGGAUCUGUCGACCAUCAUGACCAAAAUAGACACACGCCGCUAUCUCACGGUGAAGGAUUUCCUCACUGACAUUGACCUCAUCUGCAGCAAUGCCCUGGAGUACAACCCAGAUAAGGAUCCUGGAGAUAAAAUCAUCCGGCACCGGGCCUGUAGCCUGAAGGACACGGCACAUGCCAUCUUCGCCUCAGAGCUGGACCCCGAAUUCAACCGAAUGUGUGAGGAGAUCAAGGAGUCAAAGAAGAAAAGGGUCUUUCCUGCCAGAGAUUCUCCCGCCCGCCGCCUUGUGACUCGGGGGCGUGUUGGUGAUAGACUGAUGUGGCUGUUUUUCUGCAAUGGGGGACAAGACUCUCUAUCACUUGGCUCUCUGUCCGAGCCGCAGCAGCCUGUCCCUCUGCUGACCCUGGCGACGAAGAAGACAGCCGGAGGAGAGGAGCCCACUGGGACUGCGGCCCAGGCCGAGACGGCAGAGAACACCCCCGCCAGGUGCAUCAAUCAGAUCAAGCGCAAGGCAAAGAGGAGGCCCUCGUGGGGGAGAGGAAUCAUCCGCAAGAAGAGGACCUACCUGAAAAAGGAGGAGGUCGAAGGGGAGGAGCCCGAGGAAGGACUUGAGUCGGGUGGCGGACUGGAGGCCGAUGACACGGCCGAGGAGUCAAACACAGCCGGACCAAGCGACUCCUGUCUGACCCAGGAUGAAGACUCAUGCGAUACGAUGGACACCCCACAAGGCGGGCCUCAGCCCAAUGGGUAUGCACUGUCAACUGAAGAGGAGAGCUCUAACGAGCCACCCGUGGGUCUCGCGGGCCCCCAGCCUGAAGCAGAGAAAGCAUCUCUGCCUGGCAGGCCGCAGGAGUGCAUGAACGGGGACGAGUCACUGGACAGCUUGGACAGCGAGGCCAACAAGAGGAGCUCCGAGGGAGGUGGGGAGGAGGCAGCUGAGGAUGGCGAAAGUGCUGUGGAGCCCAAGAGCUCAGAACUGGAAGCCAGUGAGGGUGACCUCGACAAGGAAGGUGCGUCCACAGCAAAGAAAUGUAAAAGAACCUCUCUGGAGCAGCAGAAGGCUGCACAAGCGGAGGAGACGGCGGAGGAUUCUCCUCCACCGCCACCCCCCCUGGUGGUCGAUCACGAGCGGUUGGCGAACCUUCUGGAAAAGGUGAUCCAAAAGUCUGAGGGGUACACGGUGGACCAGCUGGAGAGGCUGUACUCUGUGCUCAGCCAGUGCAUCUACCAGCAUCGUGGAGACUAUGACAAGACCCUGUUGACGGAGGAGAUGGAGAGGAGGGUUGAACAUUUCCAAACAUUCCUCUGAGGGACACCAGCCUUUUUUGAGCCAUUUUCCUUCUCUUCAAAGCCAAGCAAGAUUGUGGUCUUGGUCUUAAUGGAAAAACGGAGGAAAAAAGGAACACUUGUGUCGGUGACUUUGGUGCUAUCGUCUCAGGUACCUGGACAGGACCAGUCUACAGAACCAAACACAAACUCAUUAAGGUUUUCUUUAUGUCAAUGAGAUGCACACACCAAUGCUGUCUGUGCCUGGUGCUAUCAUAUCCAUUUGCUGCUUGGAUUUCUUUAGACAAAUGGGGUGAUUUUAUUUUUUUUGUAACAGUAAAGGGGCUUUAACUGGGGGUAGGGGGUCUUCAGACCCCCGGUAUCACACCAGCAGUGACAUUGCAGUGUGAUUGAGGUAUGGGGUCAGAAAACCGCAUAUCCCGUGAACCUCGUCGCCAUUUUGACUGUCCUCAAAGCCGCGACUCUCUCUUUCCUCAAACACAUUUCAACUGGAAUCGCUAAAUAUGUUUUCUCAAGUACUCUGACAAUUGUUGCCAAAACAAAAUUUGUUCAGCCUAAUUAGCACGUGGGUGGCGCUUGAUUUUUCUUUCUUUUUAUUUUUUUCUUGAUUUUGCCACCACUCUCACUGGUGUUGGCCUCUCAGAUUAGAGCAUUUCUCCCGUGUUCCUCCUUCCAAAAACACCCGAAACUUCACACAAUCCGUGUUGAAAUUCUAAGCUUAGAAAGCUGAAAAGGCACUUGCUAAAUGUCUGCUAGUUUAUACUAAUUCUAAUAUACAUCUUGUGUCUUGAUACUCACAAACCAAAAAUAAUCUGGCAUCAGUAAAUUGCAUAGAGCUGGAGGAGUUUGCUAGCGUUUGCAGUCGUAACAUUGGCUGGUCGGAAGCUUCCUCCCUGUGUUCACUGUGUGACUCUACCUUUAGUACACGUCGAGCUUGCUCGUAACAUUCUCUUCACACUCUUAGCUGGAAUAACCGGAUUGAUUUCAAUUUAAUGUCUCAUUAGCACUGCCUAGCAUGUGCCUUAUGUACCCAAUCAUAUUAAGAUGUUCGGUGACAAUGUAUUGUAUAGGGGUUUAUGUAUGAGUCUUGCAUCCACACUAUUAAAUAAAAAAAAUAAAAGGAUAAAAAAUACAUUAUACAUCUCACCCGUUUUAUUUGAAAGCAAUACAGGAUGUAGGCGUUCAUAGCGACUGCAGCGUUAUUUCUGUUCGUCCGCAUGUUACGUCGUCGUUUGUGAAAGGGUCUGUGCCAAUCUUUCGUGGGUUUUCUUUGAAUUGUCAGUGUCCCUUUCAGAAGUGUUGUUCUUGUCACCUUGCAGGAAAUAUCUGGAGUUCUAUACCACAUUGAUUUUUUUUUUCAUUUUCCCAUGUACAGUUUUUAUUUGCAUUUUUUGUACAUUCGUUUUAACAUCUUUCAUUUCCUAAACAAAGAACAAGGUCAUUCCAGGCAGUGCUGAUUGCUUUUCAGAUAAAGGACAUUGUUUUGUUCAUUUUAUGUUGAACUUUAUUCCUCCAAUCCUGAAAAUAGGGAGUUUUUGAUGUUGGGCUCAAAUUACUGCUGAUGUUCACGUGAUAUGGAUAAAUCAAUUUUUGUUUACAAAACAGAGAAAAAAAAUUCUUAGGGUGCUGAAUUUUGUCGGGCUGCUUCGGGUCACGGUUCUGGAAGCUUAGCUGUGGGAUGUCCACUGUUAAUUAGCCUGUUCAUAUAAGUGCUGGCAAUAGCUGAAAUCUCCCAUGACCAGUGCCAUGCCAGAACCCUUUCGGGUCGAUUUGGGUGUGAAGCUUUUCAGACAUAUGCAAUAGAAGCAUUUCAAGACAAUGGUUUUGGACGACAGAGGGAUUAACGUGAAAACGCAGCUACCUCAGCUUAAUUUAUUUAACGUUGAUAAAGGACAAGUCGUCCAUGGGGUACAAACAGUGUUUGUUAGGAUUAGAAUUUCAUAGCAACACCUGCCGACCCAAAUGCUAAGGUACUGGAUCAGUAGAGACAACCCUGUGGCCACUGCAGUUAUCAGCGUUUUUUCUUUCCUUUGUUUUCAUUUUGCAUUUGAGCCAAGUUGAAGAAUCGCAACUUUAAAUUGAAGCGUCGUUUACUGUUUGUGUUCGUGUUUUCGGAUGGAUGCCCCUCAAUUGCUUCUGUUCUUUGAUACGGCUAUACUUGCAUACGGCUUGUGUUUUCUGUCCAUAUUCUCCUCUUUGGUUAUGCCUUGUCGGCGGACUUUCGGGAUUUUUUUUCAUGGGUGUAUAAUUCUUAUUUAUUAAUGUAAUUAUUGAACAUGAACUCUGCGGUGUGAUAUUCAUUUAAGAGUCUUGUAUAUGAAUUGAAAUUGGAAAAGUUGUUACUCGGGUUUUUAAAUUUUUGCCGAUCGCAGUGUAGCAUAAUAGUGUGUAGCAAGGUUUGUGUGGAAAAGGGGGUUUACAGGUUCUCAGGUUCUUCAUGUAUUAAUCUUUCAGUUUGUAUGUGUUCCACUUGUGAAGCUGGUUACUUCCCCCCCCACUGUUGGAUUUUUAGUGGUGAGACUGUGAUAUACUGGAUGGUGCCUAAGGGAUUUUCUGGUCAGGUAUGCAGGAUUUGUGAAAGGAAUGCUUCAUUUUUUCUCUCUGUCGUUUCAUUGCUCAGUAAUAUUCAGUAGCUGUCGUGAUAGACCACCGAUCCAGAAUUCCUGUCUGUUGGGACAGGAGAUCGUAGUUUUGCACUUGAAACCUGUACGAUCCACCAUCAUCGCUCUCCAUUACGCCAUUGUUUUACAUGUCUUUUAUUUUCCUCCUUUCAUUGUGCAGAAACUUUAUCAAACCUCAAAAAAAAAACAGCUUGAUGGAUGAGUCCCGCGUCAGCUUGCUAGAUUUUCACAUCUCCAAAUGUUUUGUUUUCCUUUAAACCUUCCCUUCAUUACUGCAUUCGUAUCAGUCACACAUCCACUUUGUUUUCCUGGAGUAUAGAGAACAUGGUGCAGCCCAACGGCCACAGUCUCCCCCAGUAUUCACAGCACCCUUAAAAUGUCAGCCAUCGCAAUGCCAUCGUUUGCCCCUAAGCACAAUAUCUGGAUUAUCUUACCAUGAUUUUGUCUGUGGUUAAACAACCCCCCCCCCCCUUACUUUCACUUUCUGUUGGUGAUGUGAGAUCCUGAAUACAGGCUCCUUGCAUUACAGCUUCAUCAAGUUCUUUUAAAAUGUUAUCUUUUUUUUUUUUUUUUUUUUUUUAACUGUUUAGGUUUUUAUAGCUUUUGCUGUUCUGUUUUUUGCUCUAUCUUUGUUAUAUCAUGUGUAUUUAACACCCUUUUUGAUCUUUGUGUUACUUUAGUGUAAGUUAUAUUUGAACUGAAGCAUUACUGUAAUUUCUGAAAGAAAUUUUUAAAAACUGCUGUGACAUACUUGAAUAAAGGUGCAAAUUGUA